AAUGGUAAUAAAUGGUGGAGGGAUUUUGCUGCUCCGACGGUUUCAGUCAGGCAAAAAUGCCAAUCGGGGCACAUUCCUCCGGAGCUCCGGUACGACUGCCUCCGAGGCUAGUUUCGGAAGUCCACCAUCUUCAGGUACUGACAAAAGUUCUUCUCUUUGCUUGCUUUUACUCACAUAUCCCUCUCAAUUAACAAGUUCGUAUUCAAAUAAAAGUAGCUUCAUUUGGUUGAUUUGGUUCUGGAAGCUUAUACUCUUUGAGGUUUGUUGUUAAUUGGUGUCUCUCUUCCAUGUUUAGGUUUGUAUGUGCAAAUCUAUGUGGCUUUGAAGCUUCAAUACAUUAGAUUUCUUAAGAUAAAUCAUUGGCAGGAGCUGUUAUUUGCACUCCAAAAAAAUCAUUCUGCACUUUUCAAUGGAAAAGUCAUAUUUUUGGUUGCUUGCAGCCAACGGUUUAAACUUACUAUUAGUUUUGGUAAACCAGGGUUACAUUAUAAAGUUAAGUAGAGCAUUGUCAUGUAAUUUGACAAACAAGUAUCUUUUGUUAAUGUUGCAUUACUGAAACAAAAGUAUGAAUACAGGCUGCUCGUGCGAGGGACUAUAAAUUCGAGUAUUUAUAGGACACUUGAAGAGCAAUAAUGCUUAGUUCUAAUUGUACUAUCAUUAAAAAGAACAAUUGAAAUUCUGUGAAACAAGUAAAUGUGGCUGGAUGUUAUGCAUGCAUUGCAGUUGCAGAUACAAGCAAUACAGGUAUCUAGGAGGAGAAGCCAUCUUCGGCCAUUCAAAUUGUUCGUAUUCUUUGUUCAUGAUAAUUUGGUUUGGUGCUUACCCUGACUCAUUUAUAUGUUCAUUAGUUCCACAUUGAUUUUGCUUAGCUUUCAUGUAAUCUCCUGCGAGUAUCAUAUCUACAUAUCUAUCUGUGAAGGAUUCCCUUGCCCAUGUGUUUGAAUUAAAUUUUUAAAUUUGAAAGUUCCAACAAGAAUAUUUAAUGUUUAUGUUUUCAGUUGCUCAAAUUGGAUUGACUGCUAAUGAUAUAUUUAGGUUCUCGUAUAGUUGUGUGCGUAAACAUUUCUAGCAUUAUACUUUUGGGACCGUCUUCUGAGAAAAUUAACCAACAAAAGCUUCAUUGCUCCAAAAUUCUAUAAAUCACGUCAUUUAUGCACCUGCUCUUGGCCUUUAUCAUUUUCUUCAAAUUUAAGGAAUAUGUUCUACAUAUAUUUCCAGACUUUCUAUAGAAUUGGUGAUAGCUAAUACUUUGUCGUGGUUGCGUUAACAGUAUUUGUCCACUGAAUGUGGUAGGACUACAUAGUAUCUAUUUGCAGGAGGAUGAAUUAUAGGUAGUCUUGUAAUGGGUUAGAUCUCUCAAUAUGACCCCAUUUGCUUCUCUGGCGUUUCCUAUCCUAUUGUCCCUGGAGAUUUUUACAAAAUUGUCAUGUUGGUCUAGAUUUCUGUCUUUUGAAGAUUUAAUGUAUUAUUGUUGAAUACUGUGUUGUGCUUGAAUUCAAGAUCUAUAGCAAACAAGAUAUAGCAUUGUAUAAGAAUUUUGUCCGAAAAUUACAUCAUGAUUAGCAAAAUAUUGAAUCCUUCUUUAUUGUUCCUCCUCCCUAAAAGGAAUUAAACCUCACUUUGUUCAUACCUUAUAAGAACUAAUCUCUAACAGAUAGUCUAAAACCUAAUGAUAUCCUUCCUGUCAAUUCACUUACUUGAAAUAAAUUAAGAGGAACAGACAUAAAUGAUAACGGAGCUGUUCACACCCUUUUUAGCAUCUCUCACACCCUUCUUUAUUACUGGCCUUAGAUAAAUCAAACGGAAACAAUGGACAAGAAUAAACAGGGGUUGUAGGAGGAGAAAAAUUGUGUGUAUUUAUCAUUUCCCAUGUUAAACUGAUUUACUUACCAAUCUGUCUUUUCGACCAUCAGUUCUUUCCACGUUGAACAGGUUAAGCGUUUUUCUCCGUGAUCGACAUCUAUGUAACCGCCUGGGGCAGGUGUUGGCUUGCAUGCAACUUCUCAAAUUACUUUCUCACCUGGAUAUGAAUCCGCGUUGAAUAGGUUGAGCGUUUUUCUCCGUGAUCAACAUGAUAACAUCUAUAAAACUGUCUAGGGCAGGUGUUGGUUUGCAUGCAGCUUGUUGAAUCUCUAUGCAUCCACGUUCCACAAGUCGAGCAUUUUUCUGCAUGAUCAACAUCUAUACAACCAUCUGCGGCAGGUGUAAUCACCUAAGCAUGUUUGGUUUGCAUGCAUUUUUGUCGAGCCUCUUUAUUACCUCUAUAAAAAUCCCAGUUAUCCUACGGUCUCAUCACAAUUCAGUAUUCAAGUUUUUUCUUCCCCGUCAUUGCCAUAAAUCUGCUAAAGCUUCUUUCUUGUAGAAGCAGUUGAAGUUUUCACUAUCCUGGUGAUGAAUAUACGAGCAAAUUGUUGUCAUGGAGUUUCCUAGUCAAUGUGAUUACCACAGUUAUUCUGUGGCCAACUCUGUACCAUGUGUGAAUUUGUAUAAACGGCUUAAGUUAGCAGGCCUCUGUUAGGAUCUCCAGCUUGCUUAUGCGCUGUUUGGAUUACCUUCUAUGCUUAAAUUUUGUCAGUGAUCCUGUUUAAAGUUUCCUUUCUAUUACCUUAUGGAGGGAGUCGGAGUAUAUCAAAAUCGUACUCUAAAAAGGAAGCUCAUGAAAUAGCAAAAUCUUAAGUUUAAUUCGCUUCUAAUUUUGUCCAAAAGCAAAGAUAGUAGCUUCGUUAGUGGAUACAGAUGGCAAACGCAUGGGAAUAGAGAAGAAAAAUAAUAAAGCAAGGCACUAUAUAUUCAAUAGUUUUCUGUUGUCGAACAGAUUAUGUUUAUGCAACCACGAAAUUGCUAAGGAGAUUUUUUUUAUUUUUUAUUCUUUGAUGUAGGAUGGACUCAAAAGCAGCUUUGAUUCUCGCCUUGUGAUUGAAGAAAUGACAAGCAAGCAGGACAUGGAAUCCAACCGUGAAGUUGAAGUGGUUCAGUGGACGACGAAAAUGAAAACACAAGUUCCAUUGAGCUCAUCAGGUUGUGCUACCCCCUUUACUCACAUUCCCAACAUUAUAACAAUCGUUUACUCACAUCCCUAACAUUACGAGCUCUAACCCUCUAACUAAAAAAAUCUUAAUAUAAAAGUUUAAAUACAACAACUUAAGAGGGGACCUUCUGGGUUUGCUAUUUCAGGGGAGGCCUUAAUUUGCAAUGUUGGGCUUCAGUCUGUCUCAUAUGGCGUUUGUGGUACUUGUCGUACUACUCGCUGUGGGGUUCGGUUGCAAAGAGAGGAAAUCAUCCCUGGAGAUAGCAGUCCCUUUACUUCUUCCUUUUAUAACGUUCAUAAGCUAACACUGACAGGCCAAUCCACCUCCACCAGUUGCUCUUGGGAUGCUGGCUUUAGAGAGAGACAGGGUGUGAGUCUUGAGAGUAAGAGAGGCAAACGAGCGAGGAAAUGUGGUUUGGCAGAAGGCAAUGACUGUAUGUGGUAGCCCUGGUUUUCCAUGGCGUUCUGUGCGAGAAAAAGAUGGAGAAGUAUGGCUCCACAUAUGUCCAUACAGUCGUAGCCCUAGUCUGCCAGAUUUGAACUAAAAGAGGCGCCAGAAUAUGUCACUCUCUUCUGCGUCCUCUCUAACUCUCCCUUCUCUCUUCCAUUCUCUGAUUCUGUUCUCUUUUUACACACUGGUCAGAUGGCUAUUCCUAAACCACCACCCUCCGGCCACUUGUCAUCUGAUCCUCACCUCGUCAAACUUUCCACAACACUGCCAAUGUACUCUCUCUUUCUUUCAACCCAAUUUCCUCACUCUCUGGCAUUCCUCCUCAGCCUUUUCUUUAAUUUCUUUUAUCCUCUUUUCGUUCCCUCACGAUCCUUACCCCACUCAUCUGCACCCCCUUACGUGUUCUUCUCGCUUUGGCCACACCUGUGCUCUCUCCACUGGCAGCAUCACAAGUUUACCAACUAGACCACGGCCUGCAGCUUAUACAACCCCACCCUCACCCACACAAACAUAUAACCAGCCCCUACCUCUCUGAAGAUCAUCGCUAUCAACAAACGCUCUGUGUUCAUAGACAAUGGAAAACUUCCAUCCACCUUCUGUCCCCUCUACAACGACCGUAACCUCUACUCACCAGACAAAUAAUUCGCAGUCCUCCACUUGUGAACCAAUGAGCUGUUUGCCUUCAACUACUUGUAGUCCUUCAGCCACUCAGUACAGGUAUUACCCGUACCAUCAGGCCGGUCUCCCCAUGUAUCCAUUCCUGGGUGGCGCCCAACCGAAUAUGGUUCUAUCCAGAGAACAGGCCAGCCUAGACCGAUCCGGAUGGAUAUUGAAUGCCCUUAUGUCUAAGUCUGCAAGAAACGAGAGAAAGAUGGCGAGACAGAGGAGUCUCAAUUUGAGCAGAAACGCAGCCAAUACUGCUGUUUCUUGUUCUCCCCCAGUGAGUAGGCAUCCUCCAUUUCAUGGGAAUCAUGAUGAUGAUACAUGUGGAAUCAUUUCCACGUCAUCAUCUGGUAAUGGUGCUGAUUUGCAGAACACCAAAGAACAGCUCUACCCGUUCUGCACGCCGGAUAACAAGAAACUGAGACCGCUGUUUAACAAGGAGUUGAAGAAUAGUGAUGUUGGACCUUUGGGCAGGAUUAUAGUACCGAAGAAAGAAGCCGAAAAUAACCUUCCAAUGCUCUCCGGCAAAGAAGGCAUCCAGCUGACUGUCAGAGAUGUACAUUCCGACCAGCAUUGGGAGUUCAAAUACAAGUACUGGUCAAAUAACAGAAGCAGAAUGUAUGUGUUCGAAUAUACAGGCGCUUUUGUUAGGCAAAAAAGGCUGGAGGCGGGAGAUUGCAUUUAUCUGUACGAGGAUGAAUGCAAGAACAUCUACGUCUACGUAGAAAAGGUGCCAAGACCAGCACGUGUAGCUGAGCCCUCCUCCUCCUCUCAACAGCGUAAUACUACGACUAACCAUACAGACCAAACUGCCAACAUGAACACUAGCCUCGAGGCCAACAAUACCGACAACAAAACUCCCAACACCGAUGCUAAAACCCAUAGAAGUAACCCCUAUGUGGCCUCAAACUUGUCUUCACCUUCACCUUCCCCUUCACCAUUUACCUAUGUAGCUGGCUACGAAGAAGACGAAUUAUCUCUAGAACUACUUAUGGAACAACUUAAGCAAGAGCAAGAAGCUAACGUUUUCGCGGAUGCUGUGUCUAUGACCUCUGCUUCUUCAUCAGCCUAUAUGGAACAUGAGGAAGCUACUACUUUGUCCAACAACAUCGCUAAUCGCCAUAUUGAGAUAUCUACCAAACCACCGUCCACGUUGUCUGCAGGAAUCGAUCCUUCAUCGUCAUCAUCUUCACAGAGUAGAGCAAUGGUGAGGAUGGUAAAUGAUGAUCAGCCUGAGUUCGAUGACUGCUACAAAGGCCUUGGGACGCUCCCAGAAGUCGACCACUACAAGUACGUGUGACUAUCGCCUCUUCGAUCACAACGGGGCCGCAGCGGACGACAAGAGAACUGAGUGUUUCAUGUGCUUCAGAAGAUAUAUAGGAAAAACAAAUUAUCGAUGUGAUAUUAAUUUUUAUAUUCUGAUGUCAAUUAUAUUCUCAAUGAAAUCAAAUUAAAGUAUUUUCAUACUUUA